AUGAACCACUCUACAAUCGAGUCAUGGAUCGAUUUUAGAGAAGCUUUCUUGAAGAGAUUUGCAAGGUUUCCACCUUUCAAAUCCAUGUACCAUCACUACUCUCAUCAGCUGGAGAGAGAGCGUGACGAAGAAGAAUGGGGAGGCAUACCACCCCAUCCUGAAGUUUUGAAUGAAGAGCUAAUCAAGCAUGUGGAGAGAAAUCCUUUCUACAAUUCUACUUCAGAAUGUGCAAAGGAGCAUCUAUGCAACUUUGAGCAGCUUUGCCACAACUAUGGACUUGGAGAUAACCCCAAGAAGAUACAACUUUUCCAACUAUCACUAGCUGGACAAGCCAAAGACUGGGCUAAGUUCAACGCCCAACGCCCACUGAAGAAGAAGACACUUGGCAAUAUGAUCCCAUUGAUCCCAACAAGAUAA